UCUCUCUCUCUCUCUAGCAAAUGGGCAAAAGCAGAACACAGCCAAAGCAGAACAUUACAAAUCAGAUCCCCCUCAUAAACUUCAUCAGGUACUCACAAAACCCUAGCCUCCAUCUUCAACUCUCUCUCUUCCUUUGCUGCACAUAAUCUUUACUGUAACUGUUCUCUUUAGUUCCGUUCUCUAUCUACUGUUCCGUCCUGUCAAUUUUGUGACUGAAAAUUUGUCUAGAAAAAGAAUUCGUAUUUCCGUAAUCUAGGAACGAACCAAUUGAGGAAAAAUCAUGGUGCGAGAGCAGAGCAUCGAGUCGUUCUACGCUCGGUUGCGCGAAUCGGCCACGGCUUCUUCUUCCACCACUCCUCUCCUCAUAUUCCCCUCCACCUCCGACGUGGAUUCCCUCUGCGCUCUGAAAAUCAUAGGCCACGUGCUCGAAUCUGAUUCGGUUCGAUACGCGUGCUACCCCGUCUCCACCUUCAAGGAAAUCCACAAGUUUGCGGGCCCCGAUUCGUGUUCCUCUCCCGAGGAGCCAGUCACGAUUCUGCUCAUCAAUUGGGGGUGUCACCGAGACCUCGGAAAGGUCCUUGGUCUUGGCCCUUGUGCCAAGGUCUUCGUGGUGGAUAGUCACCGCCCGAUUCACUUGCACAACCUCAGCGAUCAGAAUGAUGGCGUGGUUGUGCUCUAUACGCGGGAUGAUGAGGACCAAGCUGAUUUGGCCUAUGAUUUGAGGGUCCCGGUUUCGGCCCUAGCAAAUGCAAGUGAUUUGAAUAGCGAUGAUGAGGGCGGAGAUGACUUGGAAAGUGAAGAUGAGAGCGAGAGCGAAAGUGAAGGGGAAGAUGACGGUGGUGAGGGGUCUCAGAAGAGGAGAAGGGUUUCGGGGGAAAGUGAGAAAGACCCGGUUAAGCUUUUUAGGAAAUUGAAGAAGGAGUAUUACCACAUGGGUACUUUCCAUGGGAAGCCAUCAGGGUGUUUGAUGUAUGAUCUAUCUCAUUCCCUUAGGAAGAACACAAAUGAUCUGCUGUGGUUUGCUUGUGUGGCUUUAACCGACCAAUUUGUUCACGAAAGAUUGACAAACGAGAGGUAUCAAGCCGGGGUGAUGGAACUCGAGCAGCAUAUUAACAGCUUGGGGAAUUUGGAUGCGGCUACAACGGUGACUUUGAAGGAUGGAACAAAGGUUUUGGCUCCUGAUUCUUCAAAGAUUGCGUGUGAAGACGAGCCAAAGCUGAUGUUGCUACAAGAAUGGAACUUGUUUGAUUCAAUGCUGUGUUCUUCCUACAUGGCGACUAAAUUGAAGACGUGGAGUGACAAUGGGAUGAAAAAGUUGAUGCUGCUUCUUGCUCGGAUGGGUUUUGCGCUCGAAGACUGUAGACAGAAGUUUCAGUACAUGAAUGUCGCGAUCAAGAGGAAAAUGAAGGAUGAGUUUGAAGAAUUUUUACCCGAGUAUGGACUAACGGAUUUCUACUACAGAGGUUUCUGUCUAUUACAUGGGUAUAGUUCUAGACUUUCUGCAGCAGAUGUGGUGUUUGGAGUGACGGCACUUUUAGAGUCAUUUGUGGAAUCUGAUGGCACCUGUGCUGCCAAACAGUUUGGGGUGGCUUAUGAUUCGUUGUCAUUGAGCAAGCUUGAAAAGCUGGAAAUUGGAAUGAGACAAGCCAUAAAGGUCCAAAGGGCGAUUCUGAGACAAGGGAGUUCUGCGAUAACCAAGAAGGGAUCUAUAAGAAGUGGGAGUAAAUUCAGGUGGGUGAAACUCGAAGAUUCAGCAGAUACUAAGCUGUUGGGUUAUCCGCAGGCUUUGACUAAAUUUGGGUACUUCUUGAUGGAUGCUUUGAAGGAGAAAGGUGCGAAAAUGAAGCCUUUGAUAUGCAUUUGCUACACUCAAGAGCGAAACAAGGUUUUGAUUGUUGGAGUUUGUGGGAAGCCGCGUCUUGGUGCUGAUAGAGGCAAUGCAUUUGGGAUUGCUUUCAGAGAUGCGGCUGAGGAGACGGGGACUGAUUUCUUUCACGAGCUAUUUGAGUCAUCAUGGAUAGUGUUGGAUGCGCUUGCUGUAAAUUCGUUCAUGAUCAGGUUAACGGAGAAGCUAUGGUAAAAGACUUCAUCCAAAAUGUAACAAUAAACUUGACUCUUUCUCAUGUUCGAUCUAGAGCGUGAAUAGCUGUUUUUUUUUCUUCAAGCAAGCGCCAUGUUGUUUCUGACUUGUACUAAAUGAUUCAUUAAUGAGUGAAUUCCUGCUUUUUCUGUUAA